AUGUCAUUGCCAACUGAUUGUCCACAACGAAAUGAACGACGCGGUUGGAUGGGCGAUGCUGCACUCAGUAUUGAUGAAACACUCUACAAUUUCGAUUAUGUCAAUUUUUAUCUUAAUUUUCUCACUAUGAUUGCUGAUAAUCAAGGGUUUGAUGGAGCUGUAAGUGACACUGUACCGUUCACAGUGGGUUUAGUUCCUGCCGAUCCGAACUGGGGUACAGCCUAUGCAACCAUUACUUGGUACUUGUAUGAACAUACAGGUGAUAUCACGAUUAUCAAAAAAUAUUAUACAGGUAUUCAAGCGUGGAUCGAUUAUUUGACUGGUCAAUAUCAGAAAACUGGUCUAGCCAAUAUGUUCUAUCAUUUUGGUGAUUGGGCAGCAGCUCAACCGACAAAAAAUGGUUCUCUCGUGUCCUCUUAUGCAUAUAUGCACGAUGUGUACACAUUUAUUAACAUGAGUGAAAUCUUGAAUCACACUGAUAAUGUGCAAAGGUACAGACAAUUGUAUCAGCAGUUGGCUGAUGAAUUUCAUCGUGUCUUCUACAAUGCGACUGCGACAGGCUAUACAGAUGGGUGUCAAGCAGCAAAUACUCUUGCACUAGCCUUGUCCAAUGUUGUACCAGUAUCGAUACGUGCUACUGUGCUCAAUGCUCUCGUCACUAGUCUGAAUACGACUGGUCAUUUCUAUGGAGGUAUCGUCAGUGUAGCUCCAUUGUACCCACUUCUCUCGAGAGAAGGAUAUCAUGAUCUUGCCUUAAAACUCGCUCUGUCUACAUCAUAUCCAUCAUAUGGCUACAUGUUUCACAAUGAAAUCCAAAAUGCUACAACCACUUGGGAACAAUGGAAUACAUUGCCAACACAAGCACAAUCUUCUUUGAAUCAUCACAUGUUUAAUAGUAUUGGUGCAUGGUUUUAUCGAUAUCUGGUAGGCAUUGAAUUGAAUGCUCUCAAAACGAUCACUGUUCAUCCACGGAUGUCCUACGAUUUUGAUUUAUUGAAUCAUACUGAAGCAGAAUUGAUGACUAUUAAAGGAACAAUUCGAAUUAACUUUACUGUUGAUGAAAUUCGUAGUUUGAUGAGCAAAAGAAAGAAUAUUCGAAAUAUGUCCGUUAUUGCCUCUGUUAGCCAUGGAAAAUCAACAUUAACUGAUUUGCUUGUAUGCAAUGCUGGUAUUAUCCUGCCAGAGAAGGCUGAUGAAAUGCGUUUUACAAAUACACGAAAAGAUGAACAAGAACAAGCUAUUACAAUGAAAUCAAUAGCUACUUCACUUUAUUAUGAAUUGCCUGCUAAAGAUUUAGAAUCCAUUAAACAAGAACGCGAACUUAAUCUAUCUCAUUUUUUAAUUAAUUUUAUUGAUUCACCGGGUCAUGUUGAUUUUUCAUUGGAAGUUACUGCUGCUUUAUGUGUUACCGAUGGUGCUCUCGUUGUUGUUGAUUGCGUUUCAGGCGUCCGUUUACAAACUGAAACUGUCCUUCGUCAAGCUCUUACUGGACGUAUUAAACCAAUUUUAUUUAUAAAUAAGAUGGAUCGUGCUUUACUUGAAUUACAACUUCAACAAGAAGAUCUUUUUCAGACAUUUCAACGUAUUAUUGAAAAUGUCAAUGCUAUCAUUGCUACUUAUGGUGAUGAUAAUGGUUCAAUGGGUGAUUUACAAAUUGAUCCAACAAAAGGUACAGUUGGUUUUGGUUCUACUCUUCAUGGUUGGGCUUUUACAUUGAAAGAAUUUGCUGAUAUGUAUGCAUCAAAAUUUCAUAUUGAAACUGAUAAGUUAAUGAAACGAUUGUGGGGUAAUAAUUUCUUUUCAUCGACAGAAAAUAAAUGGUCAACAACUGAUGGAGAAGGUUAUAUUCGAGGUUUUUGUCAAUUUGUUCUUGAUCCUAUAUUCAAAGUUUUCAAAGCUAUUAUGAACUGUAGAAAAGACGAAUAUACAGAAUUACUUGAAAAAUUAAAUAUUAAAUUACAAGAAAAAGAUCGUAAUGAAUUAGAACAAGGUGGUAAAUCACUUUUAAAACUUGUUAUGAAACAAUGGUUACCAGCUGGUGAUGUUCUUCUCACAAUGAUUGCUAUACAUUUACCAUCCCCUGUUGUUGCACAAAAAUAUCGUCCACGAGAUGAUGAAGCAUUUUUGGGUAUUAAAGAAUGUGAUCCAAAUGGUCCAUUGAUGAUGUAUAUUUCAAAAAUGGUACCUACAUUGACUAGAGGUCGUUUCUAUGCUUUUGGUCGUGUCUUUUCGGGUUUUGUUAAGUCAAAUCAACCAGUUCGUAUUAUGGGUUCUAAUUAUGUACCAGGUAAAAAAGAAGAUCUGUAUGUUAAAAAUAUUCAACGAACAAUUCUUAUGAUGGGUCAUGAUAUUGUACCAAUUGAAGAUGUACCAUGUGGAAAUAUCUGUGGUCUUGUUGGUGUUGAUCAAUAUUUAGUUAAAACUGGUACAAUAACAACAUUUGAAAAUGCAUACAAUCUUCAAGCAAUGAAAUUUACUAUCACUCCUGUCGUAUGUGUUACUGUUGAACCAAAAAAUCCAGGCGAUUUACCAAAAUUAGUCGAAGGUUUGAAACAUUUAGCUAAAUCAGAUCUUAUGGUUCAAUGCACUGUUGAAGAAUCUGGUGAAUAUAUAGUGGCCGGUGCUGGUGAAUUACAUUUAGAACUUUGUUUAAAAGAUCUUGAAACAGAUCAUGCUUGUAUUCCAAUAAAAGUUUCUAAUCCAAUCGUAUCAUAUCGUGAAACUGUAUCUGAAGAAUCUGAAAUAAUGUGUCUAGCGAAAUCACCUAAUAAACAUAAUCGUAUCUACUUAAAAGCUCGACCUAUGCCUAAUGGUUUACCAGAAGAUAUUGAUAAAGGUGAAGUAACAUCAUGUCAAGAAAAUAAAGCACGUGCGCGUUAUUUAAAUGAAAAAUAUGAUUAUGAUAUAAAUGAAGCACGUAAAAUUUGGUGUUUUGGACCUGAAAGAACUGGACCAAAUCUUUUAGUUGAUUGUACUAAAGGUAUACAAUAUCUAAAUGAAAUAAAAGAUGGUUGUAUUAUUGGAUUUCAAUGGGCUACAAAAAUGGGUGUACUUGCUGAAGAAAAUGUUCGUGGUGUUCGUUUUGAUAUUCAUGAUGUUAUAUUCUAUAAUGAUGCUAUACAUCGUGCUAAUGGUCAAAUUAUUCCAGCAACUCGUCGUGUAAUUUAUGCAUCAAUGCUCACAGCUAAACCACGACUUGUAGAACCAAUUUAUUUAUGUGAAAUACAAUGUCUAGAAGUUGAUAUUGUUAGUAUUUAUGAUGUAUUAAAUCGUCGUCGUGGUUAUGUUUUUGAAGAAAAUCAUGUAGCUAGGACAUCAAUGUGUAUUGUUAAAGCUUAUUUACCAGUCAAUGAAUCAUUCGGUUUUACUGCUGAUCUUUGUUCAAAUACAGGUGAUCAAGUAUUUUCACAGCGUGUAUUUGAUCAUUGGCAAAUUAUAAAUCAAGAUCCAUUUGAUGAUUCAACUAAAGUUCGACAAAUUAUUAAUGAUAUUCGGAAACGUAAAGGAUUAAAAGAAGGUAUUCCACCAUUGGAUGAUUACUGUGACAAAUUAUGA